AUGGCCGGCGAGCUGGGCGUGGGGCCGGGGGUGCUGGCGCUGCUGCUGCUCUGGGCCAUGGCGCUGCUGCUCGUGAUGGCGCUGGGCCGCGCCGGUCGCGCCCGUGAACGCGGGGAUGGGGUGGGACCGGGCCCGGUGAGCGCGGGGAUGGGGACGGGGCGGGGACGGGACCGGCCCGCUCGCCCCCCGCUCCCGUCCCGCCGCAGGGUCGGAGCGGUGCCGGUGCUGCUCGGAGCCGCCGCGCUCACGGCCGCGCUGCUGCUGUUCCCCCGGGAGGGCGAGAGCCCGGGCCCCGCCGGCGCUGAGGAGGUUGUGGACACCUUCCUCAUCGGGCGCUUCGUCCUCCUGGCUGUGAUGAGCCUGGUGUUCCUGGGGUGCCUGUUCCUGUUCCUCAUCUACCACCUCAUGGAGCCUGUGUAUGCCAAGCCUCUCCACAGCAGAUAGAGACAGCAAAAAGGACAUCCUGAUACAUGGGAAUAAACCAGGAGACACCAGGAGCUGCUCUGGAGGUGAUCCUGAUGUUCUUAGAGCCAGCAAAGCAAGAGAAGCCUUUGCUUCAUCUUAAAAAGCGAAGUUUGGUCUGAGCAUGAGCUCCUUCCUCCCCAGGGGUUCAAGCCUGGGCACCUUCAAAGGUGUGUGAGCCUCUGAAUGCUGCUCUCGUUUGCAGGGAGCUGAGAUCCAGCACUUGGUGCUGCUCCUGGUUCAGUGCUGAACCGAGGUGGUUUGUUAUUGUUACCCACAGGAGAUGGGCAGAACAAACAAACAAACAAGUAACACACAAGAGCAGUUUGUUACUGCUCAUUUUUCACUGUGGUUUAAUAAAAGUCUUUGAGAAA